CAGUAUAUAUAUUUGUUCAACUUUAAUUUGUGUUGCGUUAUACUAUCAUAUGUUUGUGUAAGGAAUAAAAAUUUGACAAAAAAUGAUUUAAUUUUUGUUUCUUGAUUUUCCGUGCGUGGUAGCCAUGCAGAGUACAUAUAAAAUAGGAGACCAGCGAUUCCAGUCACCCUCAUUUACCGCUGGGAGAAGUUGGAGGUCGUUGAAAAACCUCCGGCAUUUUUCACCGUUUCUUCCCCAUUUCUUCACAUUAAUCCCUAAUUAAAAUCUCCUGUUCUGAUCGAUUUCAAUUUUGGAAAUCCGUUUUCCCCUUUGAGUCUCAUUACUGAUCAUCUAAGCAUCGGAGACAUUUGUUUUGUUUUGUUUUUUGUGUGUUUUUGUUUUUUUUGUUUUUCUGGAUUCGUUCGCGAAUCCAACAAUCAUUGCCGGCAAUCAGUUGAUGGGUCGUCUGUCGCUUGUGUGAAGGAAUUGGAGGCCUGUAGUUUUUCUUGAAAGGGCUGGAAAAUGGGUGUCAUGUCGAAGCGAAUGAUGCCGGUUUGUGACAGCCUCUGCAUCUGUUGCCCGGGAAUGCGGCCCAGAUCGCGGCACCCUGUCAAGCGCUACAAGAAGCUGUUGGCUGAUAUUUAUCCGAAGAAUAUGGAGGAAGAACCUAAUGAUCGAAAAAUCAGUAAAUUGUGUGAAUAUGCUUCAAAAAAUCCCCUACGAGUACCCAAGAUUACAAGUUUACUUGAGGAAAGGUGUUACCGGGAACUGAGAAAUGAAAAUAUUAACUGUGUAAAAGUUGUCAUGUGUAUCUACCGGAAGUUGGUUGUGUCUUGCCAGCAGCAAAUGCCAUUGUUUGCUGGUAGUUUUUUGAGUAUUAUACACAUUUUGCUGGAUCAAACAAGGCAUGAUGAAAUGAGAAUUAUUGGCUGCCAUGCUCUUUUCGACUUUAUAAAUAACCAGAGGGAUGGCACCUAUAUGUUUAACUUGGAAGGAUUGAUUCCAAAACUCUGUCUUAUAGCUCAGGAGAUGGGAAAUGAUGAAAGGAUGCUGCGUCUACGUUGUGCUGGGCUUCAAGCCCUCUCUUCUACGAUUUGGUUUAUGGGUGAAUUCUGUCACAUAUCAACUGAUUUUGACAAUGUUGUUUCUGCUAUCCUGGAAAAUUGUCAAGACUCUGAUAAGGAGACCAAAUGUUCAGAAAAUAGUAAUCAGGACACCCAGAACAACUGUGAUCAAGACGAGCAUAAAGUUGAAAACCAAGUUCCUUUAUCAUCCGAUGUCAUGAAUAGGGCUAUUUCUUGGCGGAUGAUUGUCCAUGAUAAAGACUAUUUUACCACAGCAGAUACUGGAAGCCCUAAAUUCUGGUCAAGAGUUUGCUUGCAUAACAUGGCAAAGUUGGCAAGAGAGGCAACAACUGUGCGUCGUGUUCUAGAGGCGUUGUUCUGUUACUUUGAUCAGGGCAAUCUGUGGUCUCCUGAUCAUGGGCUCGCCCUUCCUGUAUUGCUGGACAUGCAAUCAAUAGUGGAGAAUUCUGGGCAUAAUGCUCACUUCUUGCUAUCUACUGUAAUCAAGCAUCUUGAUCAUAAGAAUGUGCUGAAGGACCCCAAUAUGCAGAUAGAUAUUGUUCAUGUUGCUACCUCCCUGGUUCGAGUAACAAAGGCCCAGGCAUCUGUGAUGAUUAUUGGUGCAUUUAGUGAUAUGAUGAGACAUUUGCGGAAAAGCAUACACUGCUCUCUUGAUGAAUCAGAACUUGGAGGGGACAUAAUUCAAUGGAAUAGGAAGUUUCAUGCAGCCAUUGACGAGUGCCUUGUUCAAUUGUCUUAUAAGAUUGGGGAUGCUGGGCCCAUUCUGGAUUUGAUGGCUGUGAUGUUGGAGAAUAUUUCAAAUAUAACAGUUAUGGCUAGAAACACAGUUGCGGCUGUCUAUCGUGCUGCACAGAUUGUUGCGUUCUUACCAAAUUUGUUGUAUCAGAACAAGGCUUUCCCUGAAGCAUUAUUCCAUCAAAUACUUCUUGCCAUGGUCAAUCCAGAUCAUGAGACAAGGCUCGGAGCCCAUCGCAUAUUUUCAGUUGUACUUGUUCCAUCUUCUGUUUGCCCUCAUAUUGCCUUCACCAGCCAAUGCUCAACUAUUGGUGCUGAUUUAGGGAGGACACUUUCUAGAUCAGCUUCUGCCUUUUCUUCUUCAGCGGCUUUAUUUGAGAAAUUACGGAAAGAACAUGGUUCUUUGCCAAAAAUUGUAGAUCAAGCUGAUGAAACCUUGACUGAUACAGAAGGAAAUUCCGAAGACCAAUCCUUGUUGACACGACUUAAAUCCAGCUACAGUCGAAAGGCUACUAUCAAAAGGCAUUCUCUUCCUCCGGCUUUGGGUAAUAUGGAGAAGGAACUGAAGGGAAUAUCACUUAAGUUGAAAACACGACAAAUCAGCCUCUUGCUUUCUUCGGUCUGGGUGCAGGCAAUCUCUCACUUGAAUACUCCUGUAAACUAUGAAGCAAUUGCUCAUACUUACAGCUUGGUGGUGUUAUUUUCACAAAACAAGAAAUCUAGUAAUGAUAUCCUCAUUCGAAGUUUUCAGCUAGCACUUUCCUUAAGAAGCAUAUCUCUUCAAGGAGGACAACUUCAACCGUCACGCCGCAGGUCUCUUUUCACAUUGGCUACAUCGAUGAUACUUUUCUUGUCAAAAGCCUACAAUUUUCUCCCUCUUGUCACAUCUGCCAAGACUGCCUUAAGGGAUGAAAUAGUUGAUCCUUUUCUCCGGUUGGUAGAUGACUGCAAGCUGCAGGCUGUAGAUCAUAGAACAGGAAUAGAUGGUAUGGUGAAAGUUUAUGGAUCAAAAGAAGAUGAUGAAGAUGCAUUAAAGUUGCUCUCAGCUAUAAAAAUUAGUGAGGAGCAAUCUACAGAAUAUUUUGCUUCCAUGAUUUUGGAGAAUUUGGGGAAGCUACCCAAUGCUGAAUUGUCCAAUAUAAAGGAACAGUUGAUUAAAGACUUUCUUCCUGAUGAUGUAUGUCCAUUGGGAGCUCAGCUAGUCUCAGAAACUCCUGGAAAAAUCUGCGAAUCUGGUUCAAAAGAUCUUUCUGAGGUUGAGCAUUCAAUAUUUUCAGCAAGUGAUGACGAUCCAGGUGAUUCAUUUCUCAGUCGGACAGAUUCCUGCUCCCCACUGACACUGGAGAGUCCCAGCCUAUUGAGCGUCGAUCAAUUUAUGGAUAUGGUGUCCGAGACAACAAAAGAGGUCGGACAACUUUCGUCCUUAAUCCCAUCUAACAUGCCAUUCAAGGAUAUGGCAAGCCAGUGUGAGGCUCUUCAGAUUGGAAAGCAGCAAGUCAUGUCCAAUUUCAUGGCCGCCCCAGUGAUUCAAGACAGUUCAACAAGCUUAUGCUCUCAGGACAGCACCCAGGCACAUACUAAACCGUCUUAUUCAGAUCUUCAGCCAGGAUAUUUUACGACAUCAUUGAUCACUGGUGUUCCCAUGCGGUGUGGAGCUGAAUUUCAGCAUCAACCUGAUUUCUUCUGUUUACCAGCUUCGUCUCCAUACGAUAACUUCCUGAAGGCUGCUGGGGGUUGAUUUUAUUUGUACAUAGUCCGCUCUGCAAAAUAAUGUUGGCCGUUGAGUCGUAUGUGCUUAUUUAUUUUCUUAAGAGGGUGAUUUGUUUCAGGCGAAGAGCUCCAGAAGCUCAAAUAUAGUAAUAGCUCUGAUUUCUUGAUGUAAUCCCCUCAACUCUGAUGGAUGAUUCAACAUUUACACUUGUUUUGAACUGGUGUGAGGACUAUGUAAAUUAA